GGGCGGGGCGAGGCGCGCGCCAUGGAACAGCGGUUAGCAGAGUUCCGGGAGGCCCGGAGGCGGGCCGGGCUGGCGGCCCAGCCUAGCACUUCGAGCCAGAGCGCAGGAGCCUCGGCAAAGAAGACGGAAGCAGCUGAGCCUCCAGAGGCAGCCCCAGGCUGGCUAACACGGUUCUGGGUGUGGAAACCGAGGGCCGCGAGCGCUCGAGUCCAGCCCGGCCUCGCUCAGGACGGGGCUCGGCCCGGCAGCAGUGCGGCCCGGCGCCCACAGGACCCAGAUGGCCCUCCACCCGCGCCUCCACCCGCGCCUCCGCCUGAGAACUGGUUUUUGCUGACCAACAUCACCUUCUUGAAGGUUCUCCUCUGGCUGGUGCUUCUGGGGCUGUUUGUGGAGCUGGAGUUCGGCCUGGUGUAUUUUGUCCUGUCCUUGUUCUACUGGAUGUACGUGGGCACCCGCGGUCCCGGAGAGAGGCGGGCGGGGGAGAAGAGCGCCUACUCCGUGUUCAACCCGGGCUGCACGCCCAUCCAGGGCACCCUGACGGCAGAGCAGCUAGAGCGUGAGCUGCUGCUGAGGCCCGCCGAGGGGCCGUAGCGCGCCACUGUCCUGGACAGACGUGCACAAGACAGCUGGCCGCCAGCCCGGCCGCACCUUGCGUCCUUGCACCUCGGGACUUCGCCUCGGUUUUGGAAGAACUCUGAAAGACACUUGCAGCGGGUCUGAUGCCGUUUAUAAAAAUUACAUUCUCCAGAAGGGAGGCCUGCUCGGCUCGUUAUUUGAGAGGGCCUUGUGGAGUUGUCUAUUAAAAUACCCAGCCCUCCGAAGUGAUGCCUAGGCACAUCAGGGCUGUCCAUCAACCAAAACUGUUCUCUCUAAAUCUUUUAUAGCAUUUUCUUCUCCUGGAAGUAUUUAUUUGGCGGGGGGGUGGGGGGGGUGGGAGUUACUUGGUUUUGGUUUUGGUUGUUCUUCCUGCUUUAAUCCUCGCCUUUCCAGUCACGAGUGUUGCAAAACAAACAAGCUCCUAAAAUAUCUCCUUUUCAGAAGCAGGUGCUCUGUCCCAACCUUGCCAUCCGCCAUUCCCCACUCCGUAAGGAACCUGAGAGCAGAGUGAGUCCUGGGCACCCAGAGUGGGAGCCCGGAGACUCUACAGCUAGUUGUCCAGGAUAGCUUCGUCAGGAAAGAUUCUGGAAGAUUCUGGGUCUGAAGGCUGGGAGUGGCACUGCGCGCUUACUGGCUGCUGCGGGGCUGUCUUAGAGAAAGCAGUGUCUUGGUCUGCAGCCCCUGGUGAAGAGUUACUUUAGCAACGCUCCUCAGGCCCAAGUUCAGGCCAGCAUCUUCCAUAACGGUGUCAGAGUUCAGGUUCCUUAUAAGCCGUUAAAUACUUUGUGGAUCACACUGCUGGUUUUUUUCCAAACGGUAUUUUAAAGAAUUACUGAUUCCUUCGUUAAGUUUUCAACUUCAGAGUUCAGUUAUUAAAUCUUGUGGUAUACAGAUAACUUUAACACUUAGGAAACAUUGUUAAGUAAUAGAGGUGUGUAGGUCUGUCAUGAGCUGGUGCUGUGGCAUAGAGGGUUAAGCCACUGCCCCUGCAGUGCAGGCAUCUCAUAUGGGCACUGGCUUGUUAUCCUGCUGCUCCACCUGCUAUCCAGCUCCCUGCUAAUGCACCUAGGAAAGCAGUGGAAAAUGGCCCAAGUGCUUGGGCUGCACCCACGUGGGAAAUCCAGAUGGAGUUCCAGGCUCUUGGAUUCGGCCUACCCAAGCCCCAAGCUUUGUAGCCAAUGAACCAGUGGAUGGAAGAUCUCUCUCUGUCUCUCCCUGUAACUCUGCCUUUCAAAUAAAUAAAAUAAUUUUUAAAAGAGGUCUAUUAAUUAUUUCCUUUAUUCUUGUUUGAUUUAAAUCAGGUUGUUAGCUCAAAUUAAAUCUUUAAAAGUUUAUUUUGUGUUUAUUUCUUUGAAAGGCAGAGAGAGAGAAGGAACACAAGACAGCUUUCUCCCAUCAGCUGGUUUACUUUCCGAAUGCCUGAAAUGGCCAAGGCAGGGCCAUGUCCAAGCCGGGAAACCUGGGACUCCAUCUGGCUCCCCAUGUGGGUGGCAGGGGCCCAAGUGCUUGAGCCAUCACCUGCUGCCUCCCAGGGUGAGCAUUGACAGGAAGCUGUGAUUGGGAGCAGAGCCAGGACCUGGGGCCAUUGCAACUGAUAUCCAAACUGCUGAGCCGAAUGCCCACCCCAAUUGAAAUUUAACUCCACCAGGCACCCGAGGCAUGACCAGGAAAACAGCAGACAUAUUCCCUCUUCUCCAAGCACACAGCCCAGCUGGGAGUGGGGUGGGGCACAGAAUAAAACACAUGCUCACAGUAAGCUAGAGAUGAGAUUUGGUUCUGGCAAGAGCAGAGGGGAGGUGCUCAUGGACCCCAUCCUGGGUUCAACCCGCCGCAUUGUGCUUCAGUCCGCACUGGAAACCCUCACACCCGUCACUCAUCUUUCCAGCCCUUCGCUCAUGGGGAUGGUGUCCCUGGGAGCAUCCAGUUGAGCAGCAGGUGCCUCGUAGCUCGAAGAGAAGUCUUCCUCCCAUGACUUGCAUCUGAACUGGACGUGUGGAAGGUCCGGGAAACACGUGUAUCCCUACCAAACCUGGAUGUUUUGACUGUGUUUUAGGUAGUGUUUGUUUUUCAAUCUGUCCUCUUAAGGCUUUCUUAAUUUCCUGACAUUUUUUUCAUUUCAUAAAAGCUCAAUAGAAGGUAAAAUCUCGCUAAUCAAAGUUUCACUACAGUGCACAGGGCCGUAAGCACCGUUGUAGGAAAGCAUCAAUUUGCAUUUUUAAAAUGUAAUUCAGGGAGCAGGCAUUUAGAGCAGCAGUUAAGACACUAGUUGGAAUCCCCACAUCCCUAUUGAAGUGCCUGGGUGCAAGUCCGGGCUCAGCUUCCGAUUGUAGCUUCCUGCUCACGUGCACCCUGGGAGGCAGCAGGUGGUGACUCAGUGCUCCGGUCCUCCCCCCCCCCCCCAUCAGA